AUGGAUCCAGACAAGGUAAAAGAAAUCCUCGAAAUUCCUGAGCCACGUACCAAGAAACAGGUCCAAGCUUGCUGUUUGAGGCAGUAUAUUCUGAGUUACACUACUUGGUUGGUGUCCAAAAUGGAUCCCGUCAAGUACAACUUCAAAAAGCCCGCUCUCACUGGAAGGAUAGCUUGGUGGCAGCCUAUGCAUCCAGAAUUCUCUAAUGAGGAUAUCAUGACCUUGUUUGAGGAAGAGGUAGAAGAUGAGGACAUGGAUAAGUUGAUUGUGUGGUUUGAUGGUGCAUCUAAUGCACUAGGCCAUGGAAUUGGGGCAGUAUUGGUUUCCCCGAAUAACCAAUAUAUACCUUUCACGGCUAGGCUGUGCUUCGACUGCACAAACAACAUAGCGGAGUAUGAGGCAUGUACCCUUGGGAUCCAUGCAACGAUCGACUUUAGGGUCAAGUUACUCAAGGUAUACGGGGACUCGUCAUUGGUGAUUCAUCAAUUGAAAGGUGAAUGGGAGACCAGGGACCACAAGUUGGUGCCUUACCAGGCUUACAUCAGGAAAUUGAUGGAACUCUUAGAUGACAUAUCAUUUCAUCAUAUUCCUAGAGAGGAAAACCAGAUGGCUGACGCCCUUGCCUCUCUAUCGUCCAUGUUCAAAGUGAGCCCUCAUGGAGAUUUUCCAUACAUUGAAUUCAGAUGUCGUGGUGAGCCUACACAUUGCUAUUUGAUAGAAGAGGAGGAAGAAGGUAAAACUUGGUACUUCGAUAUCAAACGAUACAUUGAAAGCAAGGAAUACCCGCUUGGGGCCUCUGACAAUGACAAGAGGACGUUACGAAGGUUAGCAAUCGGUUUCAUCCUGAGUGGAAAUAUGUUGUACAAAUGA